AUGUGUGAUGCAUUUGUAGGUACCUGGAAACUUGUCUCCAGUGAAAACUUUGAUGAUUACAUGAAAGAAGUGGGUGUGGGCUUUGCUACCAGGAAAGUGGCUGGCAUGGCCAAACCCACUGUGAUCAUCAGUGUAAAUGGGGAUGUGGUCAACAUUAAAUCAGAAAGCACCUUUAAAAAUACUGAGAUGUCCUUCAAAUUGGGCCAGGAAUUUGAUGAAGUCACUCCAGAUGACAGGAAAGUCAAGAGCAUCAUAAACUUAGAUGAAGGUGCUCUGGUACAAGUACAAAACUGGGAUGGGAAAUCAACCACCAUAAAGAGAAAACUUGUGGAUGAUAAGCUGGUGCUGGAAUGUGUCAUGAACGGUGUCACUGCUACCAGAGUUUACGAGAGAGCAUAA